AACCUCUUCACCACUUCAUUAGCUCACCCUCACCAACAACAAAUGACGCCGACACACCCCCAUCAGCCUUCCUCGGCCUUCGGUCUUCGUUGGAAAUCCAACCUUUUUGGUCCUGUGCCAGCUUGGGGGGAAACCCCGAACAUCGCCAUAAUUGAGGCACUUUCACGACAGCACCUUCGUGCGGACCAACUUUCUGUGAAAUUCCUCACAGGAGGGGCCUUUAACAAAAUCUAUUUAAUCACGGUCUCCUCGAACACAAUCAAGGACCAAAAGUCCUACAUCUUCCGCGCAACGCUCCCGGUCGAACCCUUCUACAAGACUGCCAGCGAGGUUGCCACUCUCCGACUAUUGCGGCAACGUACCUCACUGCCAGUUCCAGAGGUAUUCGCCUACGAUUGCACCACUGAAAAUGAGUUGGGUUUUGAAUGGAUCAUUAUGGAGAAAGUCCCAGGAGUAUGCCUGCGGGAGGUCUGGCGCGAUCUGAGCCUCGAGAGGAAGACAAUUGUUGUUGAGCGCUUGGGGCAACUCUCCAAGGAACUCCGUGGGAAGUGCAGAUUUGAUGCCAUCGGGAGUUUGUAUCAGCAUGCCGAGCUCAGCGAAGCGGACUUGAAGGUCGCUGUGGCUACUGAUAACAACGAUUUUGUGAUCGGGCCGAUAGUAAACUCUUUUAUUUUCGCUGGAAAGAGGAAGUCACUGAUAAAGAGGGAUCGCGGGCCUUAUCGAAGCGACCGAGAAUACUUACUUGCUUUAAUGAAAGUGGAACUGGAAGAUAAGAAACUUCUCCUAAAACUGAUUUCUGAUAAACGUGCGGCUGGCGUUCAAAAGGUGCAUUCGAAUGACGAAGAUUCAGAGAGUGAUGAAGAUGAUCUUGCCGCGGAUGUGCCAGAGAUUGAGGAUACCAUCCGACGGCUCCAGGGAAUUCUCACUUCCCUUUUCUCCAACGACAUGCAAACAAAGGGAUUCGUGCUGCGUCACCACGACCUUAGUCACUCAAAUAUUAUGGUUGACCACACAACACUGGAGAUAACCGGGAUCAUCGAUUGGGAGUGUAUUACCACUGUACCAGCUUGGGAAGACACCUAUCCUCAAAUGCUACAGGGAGAAGAUAUGGAGGAACAACCAGAGCCUUUGGCAUUUGGGGAUACUGAUGAGUGCCGCGUCGAGACAUGGGAGAUGUGGGAGAAUACGAAGCUGAGAAAAAUCUUUGAUCAGGCUGCGGGUUCGCGUGCAAACAAUGAUAGAGAUGGAUGGGAUAAGCGUGGCGUCAGAGAGCAACUUGAUUUGCUUGAAUUUUCGACUAAGAUGGUGAAGGACUGGAUUAUCGAGUAUGAGAAGCGAGAGCGUGUGCAAUGCUGUUAAUGUUAAGCAUUGGCCUUUGUACUAUAGUUUCAUACGAUAUCCGGUUGGUGAGCUUUUGGGGCCGUCACUUAUCUAUAGUUAAAGGGAUGAUAUUAUCGGGCUGUUUUUUCACUUUAGGCAAUCAAUUUCAGAUAGUUCCCGAGUGCCCAAUUGUUCAUAUGAUGCCGAUUAAUUAAUUUAUUUGCUGAA